AUGAACGCGACAAAAUGGAGAAUCUCAAAGGCCUGCCAAGAAUGUCGCGCCAAGAAGAUCAAAUGCAACGGCGAGACGCCCUGCCAGAACUGCCGAAUGAGAAAUCUCAGCUGCGUCUACCGCGAAAAAGCCCGUAAUCGGACGCGAAAGGUCAAGCCGCGAACUGCCGCUUAUGAGACCAUCAUGUCUCACGAUGCCAUGGAGAGCAAUUCACUAGAAGCCUCCGACGAGGGGACAGUUCCGCCCACGCCGAGUGCUGAUGAGGCAGCUUCUAUCGGACCCUCUGGCUCGGUCAUGGACAGUGAGCGCAGCAUAACUCACAACGCCGUCGCCGCAACGCAUCGCGCAUCCCCAUCGUGUUUUCUUCAGCUUUAUUAUGGACCUUCAUCUAAUUUCGCCCUUCUCAACUCUAUCUACCACCAAAUAGCAGGGACGUGUCCGAACGACCCCCCGUCGCGCUCCAGUGUUGUCGAAGAAGGUGGUCCAGGUCUAGACCUUUUCAGUCAUCGAAGAUUGUUCUUUGGAGACCUAGCAGAUAACCAACGGCCAACGUUACUCCCCGAUGACGGCUCAGCCCUGCUUAUUGACCCCGACACAGCCCAUCGGUUACUAGAGAGAUAUCUUUUGACCUACUGGCACGGUCUGCCCGUCAUGAGUAAAGACGAUUAUCGUCGUCGCUUAGAUGCGCUGUUUCAGCCGCCAGGAAUCUUUGAUUAUGAUGCGCCCGAAACAAUCAUUAUCAUGCUUGCAGUUGGCUUGGGGGCUUCAAUGACGGGCGAAGAAGCCAUUGCAGAAUUUAUUUUCCAGAAAACAAAGCAGGGCGCCGCGAAAUUGGACGAAGUUGUCAACAUGCAAGUCGUUCAAAUACACCUUUUGAUGAUAAAGAGAGCAAGGCCUAACUCAAGUUUCUUGCAUGUCGGUACUGCCUGUAGAAAGGCUGUGGCUGCUGGCCUACAUAAAGAUGGCUGCAUGCGUCCAGGAUAUACAGAAGAUGACACAAAUCAAAGAAGCAUUACGUUUUGGAGCGUAUUCUUCUGGGAAACAUGGCAAUGUCUUGUUCUUGGUCGGCAUAGCUCGAUACCUGACCCUGGCCCAGUCAUUCCGUUACCAAAAGAUCAAAAACUCCUCAGGUCAUUAGUCACUUUAUCACGCAUUAUGGAUAAGUGUGUCAAGCGUAUAUACAGUCCACGACAUGACUCAUUGUUGCCUGUAUGGAAUGCAGCUGUCGAGAUUCGUCGUGAACUGCAUCAGUUUGCCGAGCAGCAACUCAAGGAUAUGAAGUUUGGCCUUGUCGGAGAUCCCAGUACUGGCGAGCUUGGUGUGUGUCAAGCCAUGGUGUCAACCAUGUAUCAUCACACCUUACUACUGACAUUCCGCCCAUUUUUGAUAUUAAGGGCCAAGCUUAACCACGAUAGAGCGUCUGCUACAUCUUCAGAUAACCUGCAAUUACCUCCACCUUGGCUUGAUAGCGCUUGCGAAUACUGCCUAGAAGCAGCGAGGAACUCAGUUGGCUUUCUGACAGGCUCUUGUGCCACCAACAUUCUAUGUCGCGACAUCAAGUACCACGGCUUCUUUAUUGAGGGAGCUUGCUACGCUUUGGCUUUUGACAUGCUCCAGGAGAAGAAGACUGCCCACCGCAACUUGCCCUGGAUUCACUCGGGUCUGAGAUGUCUGCGUUCCAUGAUGGGAUCAGCCGGAGUCGAUGCAGGCCAGCUACCGAUUACGAUCGCCUCAAUCGAGCAGAUGGUUCGCUCUGCCGGCUUUGAAAUGAAAGAUCCAGUCAGCCAGACCAAGCAGUAUCAGCAACAAGUUCCAAACUCGACACUUCCCGGCUCGCCAGCUCCUACUAACGUGGCAGGCAUGGGAAGCGAGCCGGCGUUCACGUUUCCUUCUAUGCCAUUUGGGUUCGACACGACGGGUCAACUGAAUGGUGCGUCGCCGGCGGGUGCUAGACCAGAAGACAUGGCAGACUUUACAGCUGCUGAUGUUGGUUGGGACAUUGAUUUUGGAUCAAUGAACAUGGAUGCGUUCUUGUCUCUCGAUUCGGCAGAGGCUUUCAAUUUUGCGCCUUGA